CAAGAGAGGAGAGGGAGGAAAAAAAAAGGGAGAAAACUGUAAGUGCGUAAAAAAGUUCUCGCCGUGGUGACGGAUGCUCAAAAGUUCAGGAGUUUUUCCGAUGCUUCCCAAAGCAGCCUGCGACUGAAAAAGAGACUGAAAAAAAGCGAGAGGGAGAGAGAGAGGGAGACUUUGCACUGGGAGAUCGGGAAGACAACUUGUUGCAGAUCCCCGUGGAACAAGGAACUGGGAGCGUGGGAGCCUCUUUGCAAAGGUUUUAUUCUCUUAAUACUCUUUCUGCGUUUGGAAGUUGCUUUCUCCGCUGCGAUUACUUUUUUUUUCCCCCCUUCCCCCGUUUUCUUUUUAAAAACAUUUUUUCCCCUUUUUCACCCCCCUCCUUUUUUCCUCUUUUUUUUGAAUUUUUUUUUUCCCCCCCCUCCGCGUGGAGUGCGGCAGCUUGCCGGUGGGCUUUUCCUGGGCGACGAAGAGGAGACUUUCGGCGCUGCCGUCGUUAUUCUUCCUCCCUUUUUUUCCGCGCUCCGCCGGGGGGGUGGGGGGGUGGGGGUUGCCCGGCCGCCCGGUCCAGCUCGGUCCGCGGAGCGGCGGAGGGGUGGAGGGGGAAGGGACGCGCUGUUUGGUCCGGCGGGGAGGGUGGGGGAAAGCUGACGGGAGGACAUGCAGGCUCGCUACUCCGUGUCCAGUCCCAACUCCCUGGGAGUGGUGCCGUACCUCGGCGGAGAGCAGAGCUACUACCGCGCCGCCGCGGCGGCGGCCGGCGGGGGCUACACGGCCAUGCCGGCCCCGAUGAGCAUGUACUCCCACCCGGCCCACGAGCAGUACCCGGCCGGCAUGGCCCGCGCCUACGGGCCCUACACGCCGCCGCCGCAGCCCAAGGAUAUGGUGAAGCCGCCCUACAGCUACAUCGCCCUCAUCACCAUGGCCAUCCAGAACGCGCCCGAUAAGAAGAUCACCUUGAACGGGAUCUACCAGUUCAUCAUGGAGCGGUUCCCUUUCUACCGGGACAACAAGCAGGGCUGGCAGAACAGCAUCCGCCACAACCUCUCCCUCAACGAGUGCUUCGUCAAGGUGCCCCGCGACGACAAGAAGCCCGGCAAGGGCAGCUACUGGACCCUCGACCCCGACUCCUACAACAUGUUCGAGAACGGCAGCUUCCUCCGCCGCCGCCGCCGCUUCAAGAAGAAGGACGCCGUCAAGGACAAGGAGGAGAAGGACCGCCUGCACCUCAAGGACCAUGCCCCGCCGCGCCCGCCGCCGCCCGCCGCCGCCGAGCCCGAGGGCGGCCCCGCCGGGGGCAGCGCCGCGCCGCCGCCGCCGCCGCCGCCCGUCCGCAUCCAGGACAUCAAGACGGAGAACGGCACGGCCUCGCCGCCGCAGGCCGUGUCCCCCCCCGGCGCCGCGCCGCCGCUCGGCGCCGUGCCCAAGAUCGAGAGCCCCGACAGCAGCAGCAGCCUCUCCAGCGGCGGCAGCCCCCGCAGCACCCUCCCCUCCAGCCGCUCCCUCAGCCUGGAGGCCCCCGAGCCGCCGCCGCCUCCCCCGCCGCCCCCGCCGCCGCCCCCCCACCACCACGGCCCGGGCUUCAGCGUGGACAACAUCAUGACCUCGCUGCGGGGCUCGCCGCAGGCCGCCGCCGCCGAGCUGGGCGCCGGCCUCCUGGCCCCCGCCGCCGCCGCCCCGCGCACCGGCAUCCCGCCCGCCCUCUCCCUCGGCGGCUACUCGCCGGGCCACAGCUCCGUCUACGGCUCGCCCUGCGGCCAGGCGGCCGCCGGCGCCGCCGCCGCCGGCACCUACCACUGCAACAUGCAGGCCAUGAGCCUCUACGCGGCGGCGGGCGGCGCCGAGCGACCCGGCCACCUGCCCGCCGCCGCCAGCCCCGCCGAGGACCCGCUGCCCGACUACGCCAUGCCCACGGGCGGCGGCGGCGGCGGCGGCGGCGGGACGGGGGGCGGCGGCGGCGGUGGUGGCGGGGCGCUGGGGCACGGCGGGCUCGGCGGCGCGGCGGGCGGCCACCAGGAGGGGCACCACCCGCACCCGCACCCGCACCAGGGCCGCCUGGCCUCCUGGUACCUCAACCAGGCGGCGGCGGCGGCGGCGGCGGCGGCGGCGGCGGCGGGGGAGCUGGGCCCGCUGGCGGGCGCGGCGGGCUACGCGGGGCCGCAGCAGGGCUUCGCCGCCGGCCCGCGGGAGGUCUUCGAGGCGCCGCGGCUGGGCCUCAGCGCCUCGCCGGGCGGCGGCGGCGGCGGCGGUGGCGGCGGGGCGGGGGGCGGCGGAGGCGGCGGCGGCGGCGGCGGGGCGGGGGGCGGCGGCAGCUGUCAGAUGGCCUUCCCCGGCAGCCAGCCGCUCUACCGCACCUCCGGGGCCUUCGUCUACGACUGCGGCAAGUUCUGAGCGUGUCCCCGUCCCCCCGUCCCCCCCCGUCCCCCAACGCCGCGGGGAGACCGGCGGGGAGACCGCCCCGCACCGCGCAGCACCGCGCAGCACCGCGCCGCCGGCCCCCGCCGCGCCCGCGGAGGGAAGCGGGCGCACGCGAAAAGCUUUUGUACAGAGACAGCCCCCAAAGCAUGUCUUGGUUUGUUAAAGGACAGUGUUACUCCAAUAACACGUAAGUUGUUUUGUUUUGUUUUGUUUUUAAUUGCUUUGAGAAAUACUUCUUUUCCCGUCCCCCACCCCUCUCUCGUCCCCAUCCCUUAAGGUAUCGUCAUGCCCCGUGUUUAAAAGGGGGCGAAAAGUCCAGCGUAGAGUACCAGCUUCUUCCCCCCGCCCCCCUUCCUCUUUUACAAGGACUUGUUUUAAAAUGUAAAUUGCGACAUAGUAAUUUAUUUUUAAUUUGUAGUUGGAUGUUGCGGACCAAACGCCAGAAAGUGUUUCCCCCUUCCCUGAAAAGUGACGUUAAAAUUGACUGAAACGCUGAUUUUUUUCACUAUAUAUGAAAAGGGAAACUGUAUUAAUCUUAUUCUAUCAAUAUUUUUCUUUUUUUUUUGUUGAAAAUAUUCUGAAGGUAUUGCAUUGUUUGUUUAUUAAUAAAUUACCAUUCAGUUGGAAUGAUCCUUUACACGUCUGUAUAUUUUAAUACUUUCAUGUAGAGAGAGAGAGAGAAAGAGAGGGAAAAGGGAUUUCAUAACUAACUUUGUCGCUGGAACAGCUCGUUCCCCUCCGCACAAAUUCCAGAGACCAUUUAGGAACUGCCAGGUCGAAAAAUCCCUUUUCAGUCUCUUCUGCAAUAUGUUCCACUUAGUCAGCUCGCCUUAUCCGCUAGGAAAAAAAUACUUUCCCAUGGCAGCUCUGAGUUGGCAAAUAAACAAACACGUUUUCUUAGCAAUUAAUGGGCAAGACCUGGAAACAUUUGACCAUACACAGUAGUAUGACAACAUUACGGCUUUUUAAAUAAUAUGCCUGUGUAAGGAUAUAUUAAGCGAUAACUCCGAGGUAGAAGUACAUGCACUAGAUUCCUGCCCUUGUGAAACUGUGUAUAUAUCGAGCUAUCGAUCUCUGUGUGUGUAUUUCAAAUGUAUUUAUAUAUAGGAUUUACAUAUGUAUCUAUAUUUAAAGAAGGAUUACGUAUUUAUUUAUAGCUUUGUAUACGCAUUGCAUAUGUUUCUAAACUCUACAGUGUAUAGUAGA